ACCCUGAGACCCGGCGAAUCGUCCGUGUAAAGCUUUAGCAUUGUCCCCGAGGAUCCACCUGCUCCAGCUGCACGCGUCGAGUUUGGUUUCGCUACCUGACUGCCAGCAGCACGCCGACUGAAAAUUAUACAGUUGUGUCAGACUCAGAAAGAAUGCCGCCAUAUUGCGAAAUACCGACGCACCGAAUCUGGGCGCCUGGAGGCUUUGCUACGGCAUUGGUCUUUCCGCUUGGACGUGCCGAGCUGUCAGAGUCAGACUAGAAGGAGUUGAGCUGAGGUGUUGGACGCAGGACGGGCUGGGCGACGCACCAUGGUUUGCAACUUGGAAUGGGUGUGUGUUCAACGGAGGCUAAAAGGUUGUCGUGGAAGGAGCGUGGGAAUAUUCCGCUGUCGGAAUUACCUCAGACGCCGCUCCUUGUCGCUGUCACUCCAUCAUGUCUUUGUUGCACGCCCUCGUCGCACGGGGCUCCGUCGUUCUUGCAGAGCACCAAGUUCCAAGCCAACGGGACUUCUCACAUGCAACACAGACGAUCCUAUCUAAAAUACCUCCCAAUGACAGCAAACUCUCUUAUGCUUGGGAACAAUACCUCUUUCACUACAUCUCAGAAGGUGGUUUUGUCUACCUCGUCAUGGCAGACGACUCCGUGGGACGAAAACUGCCAUUUGCAUUCCUCGCUGAUCUACAGCGCAAGUUCCUCGAACUUCCUUCCUCUUCUGCUGCAGUCCUGAGUUCUACGCCCGCAUAUGGCCUCCAAGGCACCUUCUCACCCGUCAUUGCCUCACUCAUGCACACUUACAACACUGCUCCCCCACAAGACGAAAUCGCACGCGCCCAGGCCGAACUCAAUCAAGUCAAAGAUAUCAUGGUCCAGAACGUCGAACAAAUUCUCAGUAGAGGCGAACGCAUCGAACUUCUCGUUGACAAGACCGAUACCAUGGCGCACCAGGCGACGGCCUUCCGUCGCGGAGCACGUACAGCCCGAAGACAGAUGUGGUGGAAGAAUAGCAAAACCCUGGCCCUGUCCGUUGUCGUCGUGCUACUUCUUCUCUAUCUUAUUAUAGCCCAGUUCUGUGGAGCCGCUUUACAGUGUGGGGUUGCUUCCUGAUGCAUCUUGUCACGUCCCCCCAUUUCGUGUACGAUCGAUUACCUUUUCUUGCAGCACACUGCCUGUGUAGCAUUUCUUGUAUAUAUAUGGUCGUGUAUUUCAUGCACACAGCAUAACUGAUCGU